AUGGUAAAAGAGCGAAGUCUUGAUAGAACAGAACCGCUGAAUGGGUAUGGAAUUUAUAUUGCUCUCAUCUACUCAAUUAACGCAGUUUUUAACCCAAACCUCCUAAACAUUCCUUGGGCUUUCCAGAAAAUGGGCUACAUAGUAUCGAUAGUUUGUCUGGGGCUGAAUGGUCUGCUCAGUUAUUAUCUCUCCCGAUUGGUAAUCGAAAUUCUUGCCAGAGUAGAUUUAAUAGAUAGACUAAAGAGCGAAGGCUACACAGUUGACAAGCCCAAUAUUUGUGAAAACCUAUUCGGUAAAAGAGAGCCAAAUCACCUUGAUUCUCUGAUGCAAACUCCUAUGAUCACAGGACUCCGCUACGAUUUAAACCAAUGUGCUUCAGUAUUACUUGGAAAACCUAUUGGCACGCUUUACCUUCUAUGUAUGAUAGCAUAUUUUCAAGCAGAAUUGAUAUGGUACGCAGAAGUCUUUGUAGAUACAAUCACAAGAUAUGUGCCUUUGCUGCAAUCAGCCUGCAGCAUCAGCAACCUAAACUCAUAUUGGAACCUGUGCAGGGUUGACUACUGGAUUUACCUGGGAAUGUUUUCUCAGGCUAUGUUUUUCCUCUCAAUGAUUUCGUUUAAGUGGCAAAAAUGGUGGCAAGUGGUCUUGCAGUUUUUAAAAUUGGCAUUAAUUGUGCUUGUUGCGAUCACAUGUCUUGAAUUAAUUGGGGAUGAAAAAAAUAUUGAUAAUGACCACUAUAAAUUUGAAAUGCCAACUCUUGCACAUUGGGAGGACUUAUAUAAAGGAUUCCAAAUCUUUUUCUAUGUAUUUUUAUAUCAACUUCAGCUACCAAGCAUUGUUGAGCAUGUAGGGAAUAAAAAAAGAUUAUGGACGAUACCAUUUUUAAUUCUUUGUGCAAGUGUUGGAUUUGGGUGCAGAUAAAAUGAUCGUGCAAUUUGAAUUUGGUGGAAAAUUGGUUGAAAAAUUUUUGAUAGUGAGAUUUUUGACCAUAAAAAAAUCAGAUUUCGAUCAAAUGCCACUCUAUUUUAAAAUUUUUAGACCAUAUGAACUUUGAUGAAAUAACUGCACACUAUCAAGAAUGCACAGUCAUUUGACAUGGAGCCUUUGGAUUUUAUUUAGCUUUAGGAUUAAUUGCGCCUUUAGCAAUUCCUGAUGUGGAUAAAUUAUUUACUCAAGAUUACAGAAACUACUCAGCAGGGAUGGAGCAAGCUGGAAAGCCAUGGUGGACUGAUUUAAUUGCAUAUGCAGUUGCCCUUUCCCCAUGCAUGAUUAUUGCAUCAAAUUUCCCUAUUUCUGCGAUAAGUUUGAGUAAUGCAAUCACUUCUUUGUUUUAUGGGCCUGGGAAUGAAGAAACGCAUGACAAGCAAGAUUAUUUAUCAUUGAGAUGGCUAACUGUAACAUUUUCUAUUGGGCUUACCUUUUUCUUUUAUGAUUUGGUGAAUGAUAUUUAGGCAUUCAUACUUGAUUAUGUGAGAUUGGUGGGAUUUUUCUUGAUUCCUAUAUUUAUACCAAUUAUGCAUAUAGCAGCUAGGCAAAUUAUAGGGACGCAGUCACCAUACGAUGCUAUUUGGGCUCCAAAGGUAAAAAUUAUUUAGUGGCUUUCAUUACUAAUUUCAGUUUUUCAUGGAUUUUUGGUAGCUUAUAUUCUGAUAUUUAGAAUUUUUGAAGACAGCCAUUAUGACUUAAAUAGUGAUAAUUAG